AUACAGACUUCCAACCACGAAGGAAACCUCCCAACAGCUCCAUUUUCCAGCAGCCUCCCACCCACCACCAGCAGAGCCCCCCCCCGGGGCAGUGCCCACAGCCGCAUCUCCACGCUUGACCUACAUUUGCUUUCCCAUGUAAACACCGUCGGCAAAGCAGGAGACCGAGGGAGGCUCCGUGGGAAGGGAGCGAUGCAGAACAGGAUGGACCGGGGGAAAUCCUCACCCUCCUCCCACCCCUCCCUUCCAUUGCGAUCUGCACCCAUCAGCUGGUGGACGAGGAACCAGCAAAGUCACUCCGACAUGUCCAAGCUCAUCAAAGCCAUCACUGAUAUGAUGGACGGCAGUGCCAGGAGGGGGAAGAAAUCCGAGUCCUUCAGCAGGAGUGAGUUCAAGAAGCUGAUCCAGCAGGAAUUCGCUCCUGUCAAGAGGUCUUCCACCAGUAAAUAUCACUACAUCGGCAGCACGCUGGAUUCGGACACUGAGCCCAUGAACAAGAAGGAGAAGGGCUCUUCUAAAACCUGUGUGUACUGAGGGGCACGGAGAGGAGGAGGAUCCCUGAUUUCCCCCGUGGGUGAAGCACAGCAGCGAUGGGCACAGUGUGAUCACACAACAGGGGGGAUGUGAGGAUGUGCCCCGCUCCAUAUAUUACCUCCAUGAGGAAAAACCUAACUCUAUCUCUCCUAUUUCCUUUGUCCCGAUGCUCUGCAGGUGUCUCUUUGGGAUGCUUUGCAAAUGGGGCUUCAAGAUUUGGGGUGCUGGGGCCAGAUCUGUAUAUGUAAUAGUGGAACAGAGGCUGAUGCAUCAAUCCCAUCCUCUGCCAGCUCCCAUAGCUUUAAUGGGUAGAAAGUGAAAAAUGGCUACUCAGAAUGGCUGGACCGAGCCGUGCAAUUAGUUGACUCAGCCUGUCCAGUGUUAAUGAAUAAAGAGAAGCAAUUAUUCUGGGAAAAUGAAAGGUCUAUGGGUGGCAGCUCAUCUCUGGGUGAUUUGAAGUCAUUAUGGAUUGGAUUCUUAUGGGUUUGAGGGGACCCCUCAGCACUACAGGGAUGUCACCCCCAUCAGUGCAGCUUGGCCUGUGCCUUGGCUUGCUUUUCCAUUGAAAAAAGGGAAAUUCUGCCUUCUUCUUUAUUUUAGGAGAGCUUUUGGUCUCUGUAAUCACCCUGCAGAGGGAGGCAUGGAGGAUGGAGAGCAGGGCUGCCUUCCCCUUCAGUGCUUAACUCCCAUAGGGAAACCAAUAGAACAGUAGUGAGGGAGGAGGGGUGGCAUUGCAGGAGGUGAUCAGGUCUGUCAUGUUUCUGUCUUCAUCUAUGAGCUCUUGGACAGUCAGGGGGUGACACAUAGCUCCUGGCAGGGCUCACUUUGCAGUCACUUAAGCAUGAGGAUGAAUGUUAUCUGAACAUUCCCCCAAGCCAAUAUGGAGCAGGAUUUGGUCCUUCAGCUGUUACUGUGCUGUAAAUAUCCCAAAGGGUUUUUUUCUUUGGUUUAUUGUUUUUAUCCUUUUUUUUUUCCUAAGUGUUUGUAACACCUUAAAGAAAGGCAAUAAAAGAGGUAUAACAGGAA